AUGCAACUCACCACCCUCCUCACCGGCGCUCUCGCCACCUUCCUCACCCUCGGAAGCACCGCCUCUGCCGCGCCCGCCUCUGCUUCUACUCCCUAUGAAGCCGGCAACACCAAGCGCGUCCCCACCCUCGGCGGCUUCCGCCUCUCCACCGCCGACACCUGCCCCAUGGACCUCAGCUCCCAGAACUGGGAGUUCUAUACGGUCAACUUUGGCGCUGCCUGCGGCGAAUGCACGAUUCCCAAGCGGCAGUGGACCGGCAACGGCACCGAGACGCUCGAUGCCCGCACCAUCAGCGACGCCUACCUCAACCCCAAGUGCCAGAUCACGCUGUUCCAAAAGACGGACUGCUCGGACCCCGGCAUCGUGAGCGGAAGCGGCUGCUGGGCGCCCGAGGGCGGGAUCAAGGCUUAUAAGAUCUCGUGCCCUUGGUGGGAGGAGCCAGCGAUCGAGAGUGGGAACUGGUUGAGGCCUUGCUAUAAGUAG